UCAUUCAAAAUUUUAAGCAUCUCAAAAUUAACAAAAUGUCUCCCAUUCAACGGUUUCUCAGUUUCUUUGUUGCCAAGAAUCUGCGCCUGCUGCAGUCGUCGCCAGUCGUGCGAUGGCAGCAGUUGCUGAAGUUUUCCAAUCAGAUCUAUGAGGUGGGCAAGGCUAAGGAGAAUGUGCAUUUCCUGAAAAUGCAACGGGAACAGCUGAAGGAGCUGCGUCAGAAAAUACUUAAGGAAAAGGAGGUGAUCAAAGACCGUAUCCAGCAGCUGGACAAGCAGAUUGAAUCUAUCAAAAGGAAAAACGAUGAGCGUGAAAAUAGUAAAACCUGAUUCGCCAGAAAAUUAUGAAUACGAUUUGGAAUAUGGCAGCCUUGUUCUUUGGCCUCAAAACUAAAGCAGUAUUAAAUUUGUUGACGCCGUUGAGAUUAGUCCACUUCACAAAGUUUCAACCUUACAGUCGAAAAUUGAUGAAUAAUAUGAAUCCGCGUGACUAUCAAAACGCCUUGCAAAGACUCCAUUUGCAACUGAACUUAAUCAA